AACAUCAAAAUAUCUCGCCCCUCUUUCAAUCUUGGCCAAUAUCUUAUAUAAAUGUCUAAAGUCUACGUUAUUGGAGCUACCGGAGGAAUCGGCAACCAGCUGGUUAAGACGUUAUUGAGCCGAGGUGUCCAAACCACCAUAUUGGUUCGUGAUCCUUCCAAGGCAGCCGGACUGUUUGGCGAAUCUGAAAACUUGACGGUUGUUCAAGGUGACUAUGCUGACGACGCGGCCUUCAAGCAAUCAAUUGUCGGACACGAGAGACUUUUCCUCCUUGUCCAGGAUUUCAAAAAUAUGCCAGCCAUCAAGCGCAACUUUGCACAGAUUGCAUAUGCUGCAGGUGCCAAGCAGGUUGUCGAUAUCUCAUCUGGAUCUGUCAGCAGCCCCUGGAGACAGCAUCAAAUUGCUACUUCUCACUAUUGUAGCGAGGAAGCCAUCUUCAAUCUUCCCAACAGAGGUUCCUAUGUCGCUUUGCGUCCUACUCAGUUCUUCUCCAACCAUUUCUUUGGUGACCAUCAGACCAUCAAAUUUAAGAGUGCUAUCUUCGGCUCAGCCAAGCCCGAUUCCACAGUGCCAUGGAUCUCACCUACAGAUAUUGCCGAGCUUGCUGCCAACGUUUUGACAGAACCUAUUGAAAAGCAUGGUGAUAUGGUGUAUAGCAUGACUAGUGAGGUGCUGUCUGGUAACGACAGAGCUCAAAUUCUCUCUCGAGUUCUAGGAAAAGACGUCAAAUACCUCCAGAUUUCCGCCGAAGAACAAUACAAGGCAUAUGUUGAACGCGCCCAUUUUCCUCACAGCGUAGCUUAUGGGUUUGUCGACGCUGGUGAGAGUAACUUUCAGAUUAGCCCUGCUCUUUCCAUCGUCCUCCAUCGCCCUCCUCAAUCAUUGGAAGCUUGGUUGGAGCUCAACAAGGAUAAGUUUUAACUUGGAAGAAGGUGGAGCAUAUUUAUGUAAUAUAGCAUGACGUUACCCUUCACAAUAUACUAGAAAAUUGUAUUUACAUA